GGGGGAUGAGUUGCUAGAAUGGCCAGACAAACCCAUGUGAAUUCUUGAUUUCAAACAAGAUAGUGUCCCUCAUUAGUGCCAAUCUUAACCACUCAUUUCAUGUAACAGAUGAUCUUCCAGACACUCUUUCUUCAUCUAUAUAUAUAGACAUAUGAAUUCCUGAUCAGUAACUCAACUCCUCUCAUUCCUUAAACAUCAAAGCUUUCUCUCUUUCCCAGAUCCUUUCAAUUCUUUUUAUUGUUUAUCCACUCAAGAAUAUAGAAGCCAUGGGUUUUCGGCUGCCUAAAAUUUCAAGCCCCAAGAGGAUUCUUAUUCGAUCACUAUCUAAUGGAAACCAGACAGCCUCAAAGACCUUAGAUAUCCCAAAAGGCUAUCUUGCAGUAUAUGUUGGUGAGAGCCAGAAGAAGCGGUUUGUGAUUCCAAUAUCAUACUUGAACCAACCUUCAUUCAUGGAUUUGCUGAGCCAAGCUGAAGAAGAAUUUGGAUACGAUCAUUCCAUGGGAGGUAUUACAAUCCCUUGCAGUGAAGACACCUUCAUCGAACUCACUUCCAGCUUAAGUGUGUGACUGAACGAUGAGAUGAAAAUAUGAUCCAACUUCAUAUUCAUAAAGCAUCUGAAUUCGGACAUGCUGCUGAAUCAAGUUGAAGAAGAGGCGAGUGUCACAUUUGAUCAUCAACUGAAUCGACUCACCAGGUCAGCUGAGGGGAAUGCUUUUAUGACUUUGAAGCAGCAACGGCGCUGAACUGAAAGACACAAGAGCUAUGAAGCCAGGAAAUAGCGGCAUUGUAUGAAUCUUGUACAACAAUUGCUGCAAAAAAACACGGUUCCAUAAUUGGAAUCAAGAAAGUGAAAUUCAGUAUUCAACCUAUGUAAACUAAGCUCUCCCAAGAUAACUCUGGGAACAAACAAUAUACUAGAAUUCUUAUCAACUUGUCUUAUUUUUGGCCACAACAUUAACAUUAGUUACUAACUUGCAGCAUACUGUGGCAAAACUAAUGUCGAAUGGCUAACAGCCUCUUACAGCCUAAUGAACCUUGUAGUUUA